CGUGAAGACUGUCAGUGGGGGAUAACUGUUUCGCUCAUAUCGCCAUCUCAUAUCCGGCUGUUGGGGACGAGAAUAUGGCCGCGGCAGCAACGCUCAAAAUCUUAACAGUCGGUCCGGCCGCGGGGUCGAUCAGAGACCUCUUUGCGAAAGUCAAGAGUAUCGAUGCGAAACAUGGGAAAUUCGACCUUCUGCUCUGCGUUGGGGAUUUCUUCGGGAAAGAGCAAGGCUCAGACACCCAAGAUCUGCUUGAAGACAAGCUGGAAGUUCCAAUGGAAUGCUACGUGAUGCAAGGUGGAUAUGCCCUUCCCACCCCGGUGAUUGAGAAGUACGCCAAGACUGGCGGGGAGUUGUGCAAGAAUGUGUUCCUCCUCGCUAAAUCUGCGAUGGUGACUACACCCCAAGGGCUCAAGAUCGCUUGUCUGGGGGGUGUAUACGAUUCUGUGGCAUACGUAACGUCGGACAGCGCUCCGGGGUUUCAUUCAGCAGAAUAUAGUCGGCAGACGGUCGACAAACUGUUGGCCAACAUCAGCGGCCCGCAGAAAAACAAGAACUAUAAGUCACUCACUGCCAUACAAUCUGCCGGAGGCCCUUCCGAAUUGGUGGACAUCCUAAUCACCAACUCAUGGCCUACGUCUAUAACGGAGUUUUCCUCACUCCCCGUUCCCGACCUCCUUUCGCCCGCUGCCCCCGCCGUCGACGUCGUGAUGCGACGUGCGAAACCUCGAUACCAUUUCUCCGCUUCGCGAUUGUUCUGGGAACGGGAACCCUUCGUGUGGGACGAUGAACAGGGUCGCGUCUCCCGAUUCGUCAGUUUGGGCGCUUUUGCUGGACAACCGCUCCCUGAGGGCGUGAAGAAACAACGGUGGUUCUACGCGUUCUCGAUCACUCCCUUGGAGAAGUCGACGGCCUCAGCACUGCGGCCAGCGAACGCCACUCGGAACCCAAUUCUGGAGGCCGCACCUCGAGGCGAGAAGCGACAGUUUGACAGCGGCGAGAAUUUCAGAUGGGGCGGUGACCAUCGACCUGCCCCGAACAAACGUAGCAAGCCUAAUGCCGGCGACAAGCCAGGUGUACCACCUCAAGGUUACAAAUGCAAGAUUUGCGAGUCGGCUGAGCAUUUCAUUAACGACUGUCCCGACCGAGCAAAGCCUCCUGAAGGCUAUGUAUGCAAAAUAUGCAGCGAACCGGGGCACUUUGUUCGGGAUUGUCCUACAAAGCAUGCCGUCGGAGACACCGGCGGCCGUAAACCUCGGCCGGGAUACAUCUGUCGUGCAUGUGGAAGCGAAGAGCAUUAUAUCGAGGACUGUCCCACCGCACAGCAACGACGAAAGGAAGGAGGAGAGAAGCGAAAGGGACCUAUGAAGGAGAUCGCGCCGGAGGAAUGCUGGUUCUGCCUCUCGAACCCAAACCUGUCCAAAUAUUUGAUCGUUGCAGUAGGGACGGAAUGUUACGUGACGCUGCCUAAAGGUCAGAUCAUUCCUACACACGACCCACAACAUAGGCCAGAUAGCUCCAUGGUACCGGGCGGCGGCCAUUGUUUGAUAGUCCCCAUAGCGCACUACGCAACAUUGGCCUCGAUGGCUCCAGAUAUCGCUGGACCCACUAUCCAGGAAGUCGAAAGAUACAAGUCAGCUUUGCGAGCAUUCUACGCCAAAUACCACCAUGCCGCCGUGUUCUUCGAGGUCGGCCGCCUGAGCGGUCGUGGAGGUCAUGCGCAUGUCCAAGCCGUACCUGUCCCCCUAAACCUCAAGGAGCGCGUACAAGAAGCGUUUACGGAGCAUGGACGUGCCAAAGGCAUACAGUUCGAGGUUGAUGACGCUGAAGCAGCCAUGACGUCCUGCAAGACCGACAAUCGAAGCUACUUCAGGGUGGAUCUGCCGGACGGCAGGGUGAUGGUCCAUUUGAUGCCUGAACAUGGUCGCUUCGAUUUGCAAUUCGGGAGGUUUGCCUUAACCAGUUUGCUUGGUAUACCCAAUCGCCUGGAUUGGAAAGCAUGCGUCCAGCCCGAGGAAGAGGAUAGAGCAGAUGCUGAAGCUUUCAAAAUGGCUUUUGCACCUUUCGAUCAGACGAUGCAGUUAUUCUAGUCUGUCUUGUAUUCCGGCCAAGUACCGGAGUCUGCGCCGCCAGGUGCCUGAUAAUAGUUA